CUAUCCUUUUCUCGCAUUUCGUCAGCGCUGCUGAGCGCUGUUUCCAGUAUGUCUAGAUUUCAGUGGUCAAUUCAUAAAAUUUUUUGUUCUAAUUGGUCAAUAAAAUGCUUUAAAGCAUUGUAAAGUGGAUCGCACCUUUGGUUUUCAGUUCUCUCUCCCUGUUAAUCCUGUUAUGUGUGAUUUGUGAUUUAGUUAUUGCAUAUUUUUAACCUAGAUUAAAGUGAGGCAAAGUAACGAUGUCGGAAGAAAUUUUAUCGAAGGACUCAAGUCAUGAAAAAGAUAAGAAUGAUUCCACAACAUUGUCAGAGUUAUUUGACAACGCUUUUGAGUUGUUCAAUACUAUUAAUGCUACUGCAGAACCAACAAACAGUUCGAAAGUACAGUUGGAUGUAAAACGGGCAAUGCAUAUGUUUGAAGAUGCAACAAGACUGGUGUCUAUGGUAGAUAUGUUUAGCAGCAAUGAAACUUUUGACGAAGUGGCUACGGAGAAUAUCAAGUACUUCUUAUUACCAGCUCUGUUGGGCAAGCUCACUAAUCAGAUAUGCAGCACCGAUGACAGAAUGCAUCUUGUUAAAGUAGCAGAAGUCUAUUUUGUAGACUUUUUAAAACGGCUAAAAGCAUACAGUUUGACAGAUGUUGAAAUACCAGAAAUAAGUUCAACUGAUGAAAAGAAGGAGGCAGAAGCUAAUCAAAGUCAUAGUACACCAGAAUCUUCAUCGAGAAUGUUAGAAAAUAUGGUGAUUCGUAGAAAUGCAAAGUUGCAAAGAUAUCAACAGGAAAAAGAUUUAGAAUCUCGUUUGGAUAUUUUGAAGAAAAAUUUAGACAAUCCAAACAUUGAUGACGAAAUCAAGAGGGAAUAUUUCGUUACUCUUGUAAAAUUAUAUGCCAUCCGAAUUGUCGAGGAGUUAAAUUUAUUAAAGACGGAGAAAGAGAUAUUGGAAAAUAUGAAGAUGGAACCAAUGCACACUUUGGCUUCUGAAUCUCAAAGGACUCAAAAGCGAAAAUCAUCAGCUCCGAAACUGCAACCUGUUAUUAUUACACGUGAUGAAGUGCAAAAGAAAGUUUUUGGAGCAGGCUAUCCGAGUUUACCAGUUUUAACGGUACAGGAGUUCUACGAACAAAGGAUUAAAGAUGGAGAUUGGCCUGAUCCAUCACAGCAUAAUGCAAACAAUUCUCGCUGUCUGCAAAAUAUGGCAAAUAAAGAUAUAGGCGCAAACAGUGAGGACAACGAAGCCAUUUUGAAGGAGGAGAUGGAAGAAAAAGAUGAUUCCGAAUAUCUCGAACGCGCGCGUGCGAUGGAUGAAUAUAAAGACAUACAUCGACGCGGAUGGGGUAAUCGUGCUAAUAGAAGUUAGACAUAUGAGAGCAAUUUAAGAUCAAUGUAUGUUACAUAUUAUUCUAUAUCCCAUUAUGUGUGUGCGCACGUGUGUGUGUGUGUUGUAUAUAUACUUCAUAUCCUCAUUCAAUUGCGUGUUUUUAUUUCGAUAUUUGAAACUGUGAUUCCAGUCAUGUUUAUCGAAUUUGUAGAAAGUUGCGAGCCUAUCUUAAAAUAGACUGUGAAAUGCGUUUUGGAAACAUAAAAGAUGCUUUAAGAAUUAUUAAUGUAUCUUAUCAGUUAAGCAGUCUCUAACGAUCAAUAAUAUUGUACAAUAUUGUAUUCUUCUAGAAUACUCUAGAUAAUUUAAUAUUGUGCAAUAGAUAUUAUUAAUAGCAAUAGAUAUAUCAAGUGUCUACAAGGGUUGUUUUAGUAAAUCUAUUAAUAUAUAUUUUUAUAAUGAUGUGGAUAAUAAUUCAAUAUCUCCUUGAAGUUAUUGGCUGAAAAAAUAAUUGAAGUCGAAAAUGUUUGCAAGGCUGUGUAUUUUAUGUUUCUGUGUGUAACAUGUAAGAUUUAAUCGAAUAUGCAAGAAACCCAUUUGGGACUCUUCCCCACUCUUCUCAUUUAACAUUGAAUGUACUAUUAUUUUGCUCGUCGCAAGAAAGAAAUAAAAUCAUGAAUUAUUUAAUACGAAUCUAUAAUAAAUUUUAUCUGUGGGA